AUGGUGGAUAGCGAAUAUCAUGAUGUUUUUGAUACAACAGAUGAAUUAGAAUCCAUAAAUGAUAUUAAAGAAUCUAUAAAUAAUAUCUGUUCUAUAAAUAACAACUUUAUGAAUGAUUAUGAAAAAUUAAAAAAUGAAAUAGAUAAUAACGAAAAAAAAAAUGAAAAAGUAGAUAAAAAUAUCAAUUCAAAUAAUAUAUUAAAAAAAAGUGAUGAAAAUAAUGGUGUAUAUGAAAAGUACAAUAGAGAAGUGAAAAAUACCAACUCAAAAAGUGAAAGUAUUAAUUUAUAUAAUAACAUAAAUGAUAAUUUAUCAAAAUUGAAAACAAUGAUAAAUUAUGAAAAACCAAAUGAAAAAGAUAAAGAAGAUUUGAAAAAAAAAAUAGAUGAAAAUUAUAAAAGUACUUCUAAUGAAAAUAUCUUUUAUAAUUAUACCUCAAACAAAAAUUGUAUUAAAAUUAGUGAGGGUAGUUUUAAGGAUAACAAUAAAUUAAAUGAACUAUUAAAAAAUACUUCAAAUGUAAAUUCAUUUAAGAACUUAGAAAAAAACAAAAGCUUCUUAAUAAAAUCUAAUAAUGAAAAUACUUCUGAAUUAAAAAAAAGUGGUAGUGAAAAUAUUAUUAGUUAUAAAAAUAUAAAUUUUAACAACAAUAUUUCUAUUGACUCAGAGAGUUAUAUGAAAAAUAGCAAUAAUCUUAUUAAAAUUAAUGAAAAAUUUUUGAAUAGCAAUAAUAAUAAUUAUUAUUCGGAUGGUAAAAAAGAAUUCGAUUUGACUUUAAAUAAUAAAAAGAUAAACAAAAAUAUACCAAAUAAUUUUUUAGAAACAAAAAAUCAUGUAGAAGAUAAAUUAAAUAGAAAUGAUUUAGAUAUAUCAUUAAUAUCUUCAGAAAGUUUUAGAAAAGAAUUUAGUUUUUGUUCAUUUAAUGAUAAGAAUAAUUCUAACAACUUUUCUUUAAAUGGUAAUGAUAUUAAAAUUAGCAAUAUUUCUAAUUUUUCUAAUAUUUCUAACCUAAACGAUUCAGAAAUAAAUGAUAAUGUUUCUAUUAGAUCAUUUGCAUUUGGAGGAAAUAUAAAUAAUUCGUUAAAUAAAAAUAUAAAAGAAACUUCUUUAAAAGAAAAAAAUCAAACAGAUAAAAUAUCAAGUAAAAGUUAUAUUCAUGAGAGAAAUAAUAUUAAUAUAAAAAGUGAAUUGGCAAAUAAUGAAGAAAGAUAUUUAAUGAAAAGAAAUAAAUCUGAUAUAAAUAUUAUUUCAAGCAAUAAUUAUAAUAAUAUAUAUAAUGAAAAUAAUUUAAAAAAUAUUAAUUAUAAUAAGAAGGUAUAUAAUAAUGAAUUAUUAAGCGAUAAUUUAAAUGAAAAUAAAACAAAUAAAAAUAAUUUUUUUGAUUAUGAACACCCAAUUAAAAAUGAUAAAGUAUUAAAUGAAUCUAUAAAUAAAAAAAAAAAUAGUAACAAUUUAAAUAAUUGUAACUUGAGUAAUAAUAUAAAUUUUAACGAAACGAGUUAUAUAAGUAAUGAGAAGGAAUUAAAUAAAAAUUAUAUGAGUGUAGAUAAUAAUUUAACAGAAAGUACAAAAAAUAUUAGCAAAGAUACAUAUUUAUCAAACUCAAAGAAUAAUAUUAAUUACAAUCAAGAAAACUAUUAUAAUAAGAAAGAAAGCAUUAAUAUAAAAUCAAAUUUUGAUGUUAGUAAUAAUAUUUUCAAAAAUUAUAAUAAAGAAACAGUUUUAAAAAAAAAUGAAAAAGAAAAUAAUAUUUAUGAAAAAAAUAAUUUAGUUAAAGAUAAGGUAAAAAAUACUUCGCUUAAUUUUAUGUAUGACGUUACUGAUAAUAAUAAAAAAAGUUUUCAUAAUAAUAAUUAUAAAAAAAUAAAUUCAAAUAAUAUGUUGAAUGAUUUAAGUUUAAAUAAAUUGGAAAGUUUAAAUAGUAGUAUCAUUGAUGUUUUUACGAAAAACAAUGAUGAGCAUAAAUUUCUUGAUGAUAUUAUUCUUGAUGAUAGUAUUUUUGCACAAGGAGUUAAUUUAAAUAAAGAAAGUUUAGGUCUUUAUAAUGAUAAUAUUAAUAAGAGUAUGGAAAAAAAUUAUAAAAUAGAUUCUUCUUUUUCUGAAGAAAAUAUGGGAGAAAAUAUCUUUAAAAUAUCUAUGAGUUGCAAUGACACGAUUACACCACAUUAUAAAAAAAUAGUAGAAGAUAACAAUAAUGUGGAAAAAAAAGAAAUAAAUGAAAAUUAUCAAAAGAUUAAGAAUUCUAAAAGAAAUGAUUAUUAUGAAAAUGAUAAUAUUAAUUUUAAACAAUCCUGUAGUAAUAUAAAUGAAGAAAACGAUUUAAAGAAUAAUUUAAAAGAUUAUUUAUAUAACAAAGAAAAAAAUAACAUUGAUCUAAAUUUUAAAAAUUUAAAUACAUUUGAAUUUGAAUUAAAUAAAAAUGUUUUAUUAAAAAAUACUAUGAGUCUUCAAAAAGAUUAUAAUAUAGAAAAAAGAAAAUCAAAAACUUCAUCUGUUCAAACUUUCAAUAAAGAUAAUCAUAGUUUAUUAAAAGAAGAUAAUACUUCUAUAAAAAAUAGAAGAUAUAGUGUUAGUAAGACAGAUAUUAUAAAUAAUUUUUCAAAAUACGAAACAAAUACCCUUGAAGAAAAACCAAUGAAUAUUGAAUUUGAAAAAUUAAAAAGCAGUUUGUUAGAUAAAGAAUAUUCUAAUGAAUUAAACAAAAGCAAAUGUAUAGAAUUUAACAAUUUUUUAAAUAUAAAUAAAUCACAAAGUAAUAUUAAUAAAAAAGGUAUAAAUAAUUAUAAAUUAGAAAAUAAACAAAAUUAUAUAGAUGAAAAUAAUAUAAAUAAAUGUAGUAUAUUUAAUUAUAAUCAGAUGCAUGUAUCAAAUAACAAAGAGGAAAUAAUGGAAAAUAAGGUUAUAAUAUCAGAAGAUAAUUUAAAAAAAAAGAAUUUUAGCAGGUUCGAUGUUAAUAGUGAUAACUCUAUAAAUAAGUGCUUAAAUAAUAAUGUAUGUAAUCUUAAUAAGGAUACAAAAGAUGAAAAUAUAUAUAAAAAUAAAAAUACAUAUAAUGAAGAAAAAUUGAAAUCUUUAAAUAGUAUUAAUAAUAAUGAAGUUUAUGAAAUGGAUAAUUAUUAUGCUCAAGAUAAAAAUAAAGAAUAUAAAAAUAAUGAUAUAAAUAAAUAUGAAAAAUAUAAAUUUAACUAUAGCAAUGAUAAUACACUUUUAAUUAGUAAUUAUAAAUUGAAUAAUGAUUCAAAUAUAAAUAAGACAAAUGAUAAAGUAGAUGAUUAUGAAUGUAACACAAUUAAACAAGAAAUUAUAUAUGAAGAAACGAACAAGGAACUACAUGAGGAUAUUUUAUCAACACAUAAAAAAAUUGAUGAAAUCAACAAAAAUUAUAAAAACUCAAAUGUUAACAAUAUUACAAAUAAUAACGAAUUUCAUAGUGAUAAUAUGGAGAAUUAUUCAAAUAAUGUCAGUAAGAAAAAUUUUAUAAAUGAAAAUGGUUAUUAUAUUAAUAAAAGUAAUGAAAACUUAAAAUAUGAUAGUAACAAGAAUAAUAAUGUGAUUGAAUUUAAAGAUAAUAGUUUUAACGAAUAUAUCUUUACAACACAUAAUAAAGAUAAUUUAAAGACAUCCAAUAUGAAUAUUUUACAUAAGAGUAAUUCUAAUAUGAAUAAAAAUAAAUAUAUGGUAAACAAAAAAGAAUGUAAUAACUUGAAAGAUUAUAACACUAAGGGUAUAGUAGAAAAUAAAAACAGUAAUGAAUAUAAGGAAACUCUAUUUCAAUCUAAUGGAAGUAUAAUUAAACAGAGUAAUAUGGCAAGUAUACCUGAUGUAUUAAAUUUAGAUAUUAAUAAUAAUUCUCCAGUUUUUUAUUUUGAUAAUAUAAAUAAUUCAAUAGAUUAUGAUAAUAAUUUUCAAAAAACAUUACAAAAUCCUGUUUCUUCAAAUGAAUGGAAGUUAUACAAAGAAAGAGAAGAAAUAUUAAAUAGCAGAAAAAUAUUACAUAGUAAUAGUAGGAAUAACUCGAAAACAGUACCCUUAAAUGAAAUAAAAGAUAUAUUUAUUUACCCAAAUAUGAAAAAUAAAAAUGAUUUUUCCAAUGAUUAUAUUGAGAAUAGAUCGGAAAAUAAUUUAAUUUUUUAUGAUAAAAUAAAAAAAAAUAAAAGUGAUGAUAUUUUCUUACAUUGUAAUACAACUAAAGAAAAAAAUAUAAUUAACCAAAAUGAUUUUUCAUAUAAUAAAAUAUUAAGUGAAACCAAUUUAAAAUUAAACGAAAAAAAUAAAAACAUAGAAGCAAAUAAUAAUAUAUUUUUAGUACAUGAGGAAAAUAUCACACAUAAAAAUUUACUUAGUAUGAAUAGAAAAGGUUACAAUGAUAAUAUAGACACACAGAAAAAUUUAAAGGAAAAAAAAGUGAAUAAAAGGAAAGCAUCAAGUACAUCAGACAAUGAGAAAUUUACUUUUAAUAGCGGAAAUUUUUCUUUUGAGGAAAAAGAUAAAAUAUAUGAAAAAAAUGAUAAAUUAUGUGAAAAAAAUAAUGAAUUAUUUAAAGAAAAUAAUAAUCAAAUUACAAGUAAAAAUUUACUAAAAGAGAAAAAUAAAAUUAAUUAUGAUAAUAUAAAUGAUGUAAAUAUAAAACUUAAGGAUGAAAUAUAUAAUCCUACCAAUCAAUUGUUAAAUGAUGAGAAACGUGUUUUAAUUGAAUCAUACAACAAAAAUGACUCAUUUUUAAGAGAUGUUGUAAAUAAGGAAAAUUUAUCAAGUGAUAUUCAAAAUAUUAAAACUUUUAGUCGUUUAGAUAAAAACAGUAAAAAUAAUGGGAAAAUUUUUGAUGAAAAUAAUAUUAUCAUAAAUGAAAAUGACAAUAAUAGUAAUAAGAAUGAUGAUAAUGGUAUUAAUAUAAAUGAAAAAAUAAAUCAUAAUUUUAAAAUAAAUAGAUAUAAUGAAUAUAGUAAAAAAAUGGGAAUAAGCAAAAAUAAUUUUGAUAAUUCUAAUAAUAAUAAUUCUAAUAAUAAUAAUAGUAAUAAUUAUAAUAGUAAUAAUAAUAAUAGUAAUAAUUAUAAUAGUUACGGGUUCAAUUAUAUGAAUAUGGAAAAGGAACACAAAAAUAAUUUAGAUAAUUUUAAUUAUGAUGAUAAUUUUUCUACAUGUAAUAAUGAUUAUAUUAAUAAUAAAGAUACUAAAUGUAAUAAUAACUCUAUGUAUUACUUAGAUAAAUUUAAUAGUGUAAAUGAUUAUGAUAUGAAAAAAGAUGAGAGAAGUUAUAUAAAAAAUAACGAGUUCAAAGAUAAAUAUAUUGAAAAUAAUUAUUAUUAUAAGAAUAAACAUGAAAAUAAUGAUCACGAAAAAGAUAAGAAAAAGAAUUUUUUUUUUAAUAAUAUCACACCAAAUCAUGAAAAUGAAUUAAGAGAAAAUGCAAAAACAUUAAAUGUUAAUGAUUACGAAGAUAAGGUAAAUAUAUUUAAUACACAUCAUAAUAAUUUGGAAAAUAAAAAUGAUAAAAAUCCAAUAGAACUAAAUAAACAUAUCAACAGGAAUAAUAAAGAUAUACUAAGAAAUGUUUAUAAUGAAGGAAAUGACAGAAAUUAUUUAAUGGGUUUAAGUGAUCAAAAAAUAAAAGGAUUUAUUAAUAAAAGUUUAGAUAAUUUAAGAAAUAAUAGAAAAGGAACGACACAUGAAGAAAAUAAUGUAGAAGAUGAUCUGUGUAAUAAUUACUCCAAUGAUAACAGAAAUAAUUCUAUAUUUGAAUUCAAUGAAGAAAAUAAAAGAAAAAAUAACACUGAACAUGUAAAUAUGAAAUAUUCUUAUCAUAAAGACAGAAAAAAAGAAUUACAGUCAAAUUCAUUAAUAGAUAACAGUGCAAAUGUAAAAUAUAAUAAUGACGAAAUGAAUAAUCUUCAAGAAGUUAUAUUAAAUGAUUCCUUAAGUAAUAGAAUCAAUAUAGAAAAUAUAAAUAGUAAUAAAAAGUACCAAAACUGUAAUAAUUUUGAUAUCAAUGUAAAUUAUAAAUAUAAUAAUUUAAAUAAGGAAAAUAAAAAAUACGCGGAAGAAGAAUAUUUUAAUUAUACUAUUAAAGAAAGCAAUAAUGGAAAAUAUCUUAAUCUAUACAAUAAAGAGGGGAAAUCAGAAAAUAAUAAUUUUCAUGAUUUGAAUAAUAAUGAAAAGAUGAAAUUUUUAAAUGAAAAAAAUAAUUUUAAGGAAAAAUUUAAUUAUGAUCACAAAUAUAACCAUACAGACAAUUAUAUGAUAGAAAACAAUAAAGAAAUUCUUCAUAAACAUUAUAAAGAUAACCAAAAAUAUGAUGAAAAUAUUUCUAAUUAUCCAUAUGAAGAAGAAAUAGUAAAAAAACAAAAAAAUAGCAGAAAAAAAUGUGAUAAUAAAAAUUUUAAUAAUAUGAGAGAUGAGAAAUUUCCUUUAAAAGAUGACAGAAAAAAAUAUAAUAAUUUUAGAGAAAUGAACGAAACUUAUUUAGUAAAAAAAAAUGAAGGAAAAUGGGAUGAACAAACUAUAGAAUCUUUAAGAAAUAAAAAAAUAGAUGAAGAAAGUGUAUUUUUUAAUAAUGAUAAAGAUAAUAAUUAUGUACAAAAUAAUAAAAAUAAAAUUAUUUCAAAUAUGCCUAAUGGAUAUUAUACAAAAAAAAAUAAGGAUUUUUAUAAUGAUAGUAAUUGGAUUGAAGAUGAGCAUAAACAAAUAUAUAUAGAAGAUGAUAAUAACUAUAUUCAUUAUCAAAAGGAAAAUAAUUAUAAUGAUAAAAUGUUUUUUAAUUAUGAUGAAAAUUCAAAAAAAGAAGUUUAUGAGAAUUUUCAUAUAAAUAAUAAUUAUGAUAAAAACGAUGUUUAUUAUAAAAAUGGCGACAAAUAUAUAAAUGAUGAUUGUAAUUAUAAACAUAAUAAAAAUGGUUUCAUUUGUAAAGAAAGCAUUACAAACUACAAAGAUUAUGAUUCUGGUUAUAAUAUGCAUAAUAAUUAUGAUUAUUUUGAAUACAAACAAUUUGAUUAUAGCAAUAAAAUCAUGAGAUAUGAUAAAAAUCAUUAUAGUGAUUAUAAUCAUAGUAAUAUGAAUAAUAAAAUAAAUAACAGUGAUAACAAUAAUGAAUUAGAAAAUAAAAAAUAUUAUAUAUAUGAUGAAAAUAAUGAUAUUUUAAAAAAUGAAAAUAAUUCUGAUGUUUUAAACAAAAUAAUGAAUGUAAUGAUGAAUAUACAAAACGAUUUGAAAGAUGUAAAAUAUAAAUUAAUAAAAAAAAAAAGUAUGAAAGAAAAUGAAGAAAUAAAUGACAAAUUGAAAAGAAAGAAUAGUGUAUUAUGUAUAAAAAACAUAAACACAAAAAUGGAUAACAGUAAAAAAUUUUCAACAUACCUAAAAGAGGAUAAUAAUAAGAUAGAUAAAAACAACAGUGAGAUAUAUUCGGAUGAAAAUUUAAAGAAAAUUAAUAAUAACGAAUUAGAAAAUAAUAAAAUGAAAAAGUAUAGUAGAAUAAAUCGUAACACUAAUAAUAACACAUAUAUUGAAGAAGAUAAAGUAUUAAACAGUCAGUAUUCAAAAGACAUUAAAUAUCAUGAAUAUUUGAGUGAAAAUUUUAUAAAUGAUAAUGAAAGUAAAAAUUAUGUAGAAAGAGAGAGUAAUAAUAUAAAUUAUAUCUCCAAUAAAGAAUUGUAUAAUAGCUUAAAUUUUGUUUUAAAAAAUUUAAAUUAUGAAAGUAUAGAAGAUUCAGAUGUUAGUAAAUCAAAUAGAUUGUAUUUAUUUAAUAAAUUUUUUACCUCAUUGUUUUAUGAAGACAAUAAGAAAACACAUAAUUUUAUUAUGUUAAAUAUUUAUAAUAUUGAACAAAAGAGACAAACACAUAAAGUUUCAUUAUUUUUAGAAAAAGAUUAUUCAGAUAUUUUUCAUUAUGCAUACAAUAAUUUGUUAUUCUAUGCUUUUGAUUGUUAUAAUUUUUAUAGAUAUAUAAAAAAUAAAUUUAGGGAUAGUUAUAAAAUUUAUGAAAAUUCAACAAUAUGUUUAUAUAUAAGUAAUAAUUAUGAAACAAAUCUAAUAAAUAGAAUUUUCAUCGAGCAAAAUAAUUAUAAUGAUGUUAAAUAUUCAUUAAAUGAAAGGAGGAUACUAAAAACAUGUACGAAAUAUUUUCUAGACCAUUUUUUAUCCUUAAUAGAUAAAAAAAUUAAUAUAAAAAACGUAGUUCCUUUAAUGAAAAAAAUAAAUUAUGAAUUUGAUAAAAAUAAUUUAUAUUUUUUUAUUUCUGAAUUCAACUUAAUGGAUAAAAUUUUUAGUGAUUCACAUGGUUUUGAUUGUAAUAAAAAAUUUUUUGAAAAAAAAUGUCCAAAUAUCAAAAAUUUUGCAAUUUUUUUUAAGUUAAUACAUGAUGCUACGAAUUUUUAUGAUACUUUCAUUAAUAAUAAUAAAAUCAACUUGGAUAAUUAUAGACUAAUUAUUGUAGCUUUACAUAAAGGCAAAUCAUUUAAUUACGAUAAAUUAUCUUUUAAUGAGUUUAUGAAAACGUCUGAAAACCAAAUAUAUAAUUAUUACAAUAAUUAUGAUUCUAUGAGUUUUGAUAAUGAUAUUGUAAUACUUUUUAAUUUAUCUUAUGCUGUUCCUUUUUAUUAUAUAGAAUAUUAUAAAAAUUAA